GACAACUCAAUUAAGGAGCAUAAUACAUAUCAAGAAGUUCCUUAAUCAAAACAUUUUUUUUUCUUUCUAUUGUUUCCCACCUCUUUGUCACCUUUCCAAAAAGGCAGAGGAAUUCAAGAAUACACAUAGUAGAAAUAUACAAAAUUCAUCAAAAAAGAAGAAAAAAGAUGGAAAAUACAUACAUACAUACAGAAGAAAAAUGGUGGUUUUAGUUAGUUCUUCUAUAACUACUUCACGUUGACUAUAAAGAUACAAUCUUUAAGAUCUUGCCGGCCGCCGGUAACUACCCUUUAACCCAUUCCGGCGGUUUUGAAGUUUUGAACAUUUUUCUUUUUUUGGUUAAAAUGGGUUCUCUUCCAAUUGCGGUUUCUGGGUCCACCGUCAACGGUGGAGGUUGUAGGUGGUGGCGGUGGUGCAACAAGAAUAACAGUACCGGAAAGAGUAGUAGUAAUGGCAGCAGCAGCAGUGAUUCUUGUGCUAACUCAUCAGCUUUUGUGUUCUUUUUGGUGUCUUUUGUUUGUCUUGCUUCAAUUGCUGGACUUUAUUGUAGACUUUUACUACCCCCAAAUGUACAUACAACACUUUCUUCUUUGGGGUGUAAUGAGGACAAUGAAGGUUCUUGGUCAAUUGGGGUCUACUAUGGAAACUCUCCUUUUAAUCUUAAACCCAUUGAAGAGGCAUUUGUUUGGAGGAACAAGACUGCAGCAUGGCCAGUGGCAAAUCCUGUUGUCACUUGUGCUUCAGCUUCUGGGGCUAGUUUUCCUAGUAAUUUUGUUGCUGAUCCUUUUCUUUAUGUCCAGGGAGACAUCCUUUACCUGUUCUUUGAAGCAAAAAACUCAAUCACAAUGCAAGGGGAUAUUGGAGUUGCAAGAAGUACUGAUAAGGGAGCAACGUGGGAGCAGUUGGGUGUUGCUCUGGAUGAAGACUGGCAUCUCUCCUAUCCUUAUGUCUUUGACUACAAUGGCAAUACCUAUAUGAUGCCUGAGGGCAGUGCUAAAGGGGAUCUUCGUCUUUAUCGAUCUGUAAAGUUUCCUACGGAAUGGAAACUGGAAAAGAUCAUAAUGAAAAAGCCGCUUGUUGAUUCUUUUAUCAUUCAACAUGAUGGGAAGUACUGGCUUUUUGGUUCAGAUCACAGUGGAAUUGGUGCCAAGAAGAAUGGUCAGUUGGAGAUUUGGUAUAGUAGCUCACCUCUUGGUCCUUGGAAACCGCAUAAAAAGAAUCCUAUCUAUAACACAGAUAAGAGCAAGGGGGCCCGAAAUGGAGGUAGACCAUUUUUAUAUGGUGGCCAUCUUCAUCGUGCUGGUCAAGACUGUGGUGAGACAUACGGGCGGCGUUUACGUCUAUUUAAAAUAGAAGCUCUGACACCUACUGAAUACAAAGAAGUUGAGGUUCCUCUGGGUCUUAAAGAUUCAAUGAAGGGACGAAAUGCCUGGAAUGGUGCCCGCAGUCAUCAACUUGAUGUGCAGCAACUAAGCUCUGGAGAGUGGGUUGCAGUAAUGGAUGGGGACCGAGUCCCUUCAGGAGAUGUAAAUCGACGGUUUAUUUUAGGUUGUGCAUCAGUUUUAGGUGUUGUAAUGCUGGUUAUAGUGUUUGGUAUGCUACUAGGAGCAGUGAAAGGAUUAGUUCCCUUAAGUUGGUGCCCUCACAAUGUUGGAAAGAGGAGUGAUGCGUCUUUCGAUUGGGAAAGAUCAAGCUUGUUAUCUAAUAGAAUGAGACUAUUUUGUAGUCGGUUGAACAGAGCAAGCUCGUCUCUCCGUGCCAGAAUAAAGCCAAAAACAUGCAGUGGAGGGUUGGUUCUUGCUGUAAUAUUUAUAGUCACUGUGGUGUUAAUGUGCACUGGAGUGAAAUACAUUUAUGGAGGCAGCGGUGCACAGGAAGCUUACCCAUUGAAUGGUCAGUACUCUCAGUUCACUUUAUUAACAAUGACCUACGAUGCUCGGCUCUGGAACUUGAAAAUGUACGUCAAGCAUUACUCAAGGUGUUCUUCCGUGCGUGAGAUCGUUGUAGUGUGGAAUAAAGGCCAACCUCCAGAACUGAGUGAGCUCGACUCAGCAGUGCCAGUGAGGAUAAGAGUAGAGGAACAGAACUCGCUAAACAAUCGAUUUAAAGUAGAUCCUUUCAUAAAGACACGAGCAGUUCUUGAGCUUGAUGACGACAUUAUGAUGCCUUGUGAUGAUGUUGAACGGGGAUUUAAGGUAUGGCGUGAGCACCCUGAACGCAUCGUAGGGUUUUACCCCCGGCUUGCAGAUGGAAACCCAUUGAAAUAUAGAGCUGAAAAUCAUGCUCGCGAUCACAAUGGAUACAAUAUGAUUCUGACAGGGGCUGCCUUCAUCGACAGCAAAAUGGCUUUUGAGAAGUACUGGAGCAAUGAAGCUGCAGCAGGAAGGGCAGUGGUGGACAAACUUUUUAACUGUGAGGAUGUGUUGUUAAACUACUUGUACGCAAAUGCGAGCUCUUCCAGUACAGUUGAAUAUGUGAAACCAGCAUGGGCAAUCGAUACUUCAAAGUUUUCUGGCGUUGCAAUAAGCCGGAAUACACAGACUCACUAUGGACUCAGAAGUAGUUGCCUCCAAAAGUUUUCAGAAAUGUAUGGAAGCAUAUCAAGUAGAAAAUCACAAUUUCAUCAUCGAAACGACGGUUGGGAUGUAUAGAAGGGAACAAAUUCUCUAGCAUCAUAGUUGAAGUUAGUGUUUUUUCUUCUUUUUGAUCUUUCUUUUCUGUUGGUAUAAUUUUGGUUUUGUGAUUUUUGCCAAGCUUUGUUUACCUCCUGUUGUGAAUUUUUCUUUGGGAGGACUUUUGUCAACUUUGGUCAGUCAAAUGUACAUUAGUUUAGAUACAUAAGUUGAUAUAGUUCUUUUGUUGUCCUA